CCGACCUGGAGCCUGCAGUUCGUGACCUCAUUCGAGAGUACCACGACAUUUUCUCAUCGUCGUUCUCGUACGCCGGCAUCCCACCGAUGCGCGACGUCGAACGCUCUAUCCAGCUUGUGCCUGACUAUCGUGUUCACCACCAGACACCCUACAGACUCUCGAUCCCCGAGGCCACCGAACUCAAGCGUCAACUUGAGGAGCUUUUGAGACUGGGUUUUAUUAAACCCAGCAACUCCCAGUGGGGUGCACCCGUCCUCUUUGCUCGCAAAACGGAUGAAACUCUCCGUCUCUGCAUCGACUAUCGCAGCCUCAACCGCUACACGGUUAAGAACAGCUACCCCAUGCUUCGUUCUGACGAGUUGCUCGACCGCCUAGCAGACAACCGCUUCUUUACGAAGAUUGAUCUUCGUAGCGGUUACCAUCAGAUCCGCGUCGUUGCAGCGGACCAACUGAAGACAACGUUCCAAUCGCGUUUCGAUCACUACGAGUUAACGGUGAUGCCAUUCGGCCUCACCAAUGCACCCGCUACCUUCCAGAGGGCGAUGAACAACAUCUUCAGGGACAUCAUGGAGCAGUACGUUCUCGUCUACCUCGACGAUACUCUGGUCUACAGUCGUACCCUUGAGAAGCAUCUCAAACACCUCCGCGACGUCCUUGACCGCUUGCGCAGACAUGACUUCUACGCCAAGCUAAGCAAGUGCCGCUUUGCCCAGCACAAAGUGAAUUUCUUAGGACACUACGUGUCUGACCAGGGUAUCCACAUGGAUGACGCGAAGAUCACUGCUAUUGCGGAGUGGCCGGUCCCCACAUCUGCCAAGCAGCUUCGCAGCUUCCUAGGCCUCACUAGCUACUAUAAUAAUUUCAUCCAAGAAUACGCUAGGUAUUCCUACGUCCUUACCUGCACCCUCCUCCGGAAGAACCCGCCAUGGGCUUGGACACCCCUCCACGAGGACGCCUUCCGCGCCCUCAAGAAGACGGUGACAUGUGCACCGGUUCUUCACCUACCCGAUUUUGAUUGCCCUUUUAUCCUUACCACCGAUGCGUCCUACUUUACUAUAGGAGAAGUGCUUUCUCAAAUUUUCCCCUCCUCUCCUGAUUCCUCUCAUUCUCGUAUCCCUCGCUUCCCACCCCCUACCCCUACCACUGCCUCUCGCCUGACGCGUACUCGUCCAACUACUAACGAACCUUCUAUUGACUAUUCUCCUACCAUCGCCGAGGACGACACUGUCGAGUCUCGCUCAGGCGAUUGUCCGAUAGCCUUCUACUCCCGUCAGCUCCCGCCCGCCGAGAUAAACUACACCGCUGAUGAACGUGAGGUUCUCGCAGUAGCUUAUGCCGCUCGACACCGGCGUCACUACCUGCACGGGGCACCAUUCACGACUGAUGGUCAGACAGAGGUCACGAACAGGACUCUCGGAGAUAUCCUUCGAAAGAUUGUUCGUGACGACCAACAGUGGGAUCUCCAUCUUGCCCACACGGAGAUGGCCUACAACCACGCCGUCUCGCCAGCCACGGGGAUGUCGCCUUACUAUUGCAACCUCGGCUAUCACCCUCGUGUUCCCGCAGACUUCCUUCGACCGUCACAGAUGCACCUGGCACGAGUUGUCCCGCGCUGGAUGAUUGGGUUGCACUUGACGUCGAUCAUGAAGACUGCACAUGAGCACAUAGCCGCUUCCCAGACUCGCAUGGCAGCACGUGCGAACCGAUCGAGGAUAGAUUAUCCAUUCAAAGUUGGUGAUGAUGUGCUUAUCGACGCCCGCCACUUACAGCUCAAAGCGGACACGCUUCACAAGUUUCGACGUCACUUCUUUGGCCCAUGCCGCAUCCUCCAGGCCGUCGGUUCUGAUACAGCUUCUAGCCCGGUUAACUUCCGAGUGAAGCUGCCCGACUACCUACGCUAGGCUCAUGUGCACGAUGUCUACCAUGUCUCGUUACUACGUUCCUACCGCAGA